CACUUCUUGAUUUAUCUAAUCGAAACCUGGAUUAGUUGAAGCCCAAGUUUUUGGGAAGCGGACUAGCCUGGUCUGGGUUGCAAUAAUGGUUGUCGAGACCGCACCAGUCUACUCAAUGCGAACGCAACUCGCGAUCAAGGCAUGACAUAAGCACACAAUUCUGUCUCACACGUCAAUUUCUUGUCCGGGACGCGUCUUUUGGCCCUCUACUUUGCCCAGGACUACUUCGCUCGCCCGAAUUCGCAUGCCGCUCGACUUCUCGACGUUCUUGACGCAAAUCAAUGACGCACUGAACAACGAGAAUGGCCCCAAUCUAGCCUACCUACUCCACCCGGGUAGUCCACAUGGCAAGGACCUCGUGAAGAGUUUCAGGUCACCCAGUGCCGCGUCGCUCGCGCAUUACAAGGGGAGCAUCGUCAGUCCCUGGGACGACAUCGCCAUUCAAUAUGUCCUGACCUGCUCGCACAUCGCGCGAGACAGAAGGGUGGACGCGUUUAAGGAGCAUUCUCAGCUCGUUUCUCACUUUUUCCGCUUCUUCACAGAAAACCGGGGAUGGACACUUCCGGCCUUGUUCUCGAUCCUUCGGGACGUCCGAGAUACCGCCUACGAUGCGGACUGGUAUGCGAGAGUGCAUAACCAGAACGGCGAGUGUUUGGAAGAAGCCGCUCGAACGGUGGCAAAGGCAUUCUCGAAUUGCGUAGUGGAUAGGACAGGAUGUCACCUCCCGAAGAAUCGAGGAAAUGGGGCGUUUAUUAUGUCGCUGGGCUUGCGAUGAAGUGUUACUUCAGAGUUAAACAUAUCUCGCUCACGAAAAACAUCAUCAAAGCACUCAAUAACACACCCGACAUCCCUCCGCUGCAGAGGUAUCCACGUUCUCAUCAGGUGACAUAUCGAUACUAUCUAGGCAUGCUGGGCUUCUUGAAUGAGGAAUACGCGGAAGCAGAGAGAGAAUUGACCUUUGCGUUCUACAACUGUGCCAUUGAGGCUCCAGAGAAUCAGACGCGAAUCCUGGCAUAUCUCAUUCCUCUUCGGAUUCUUCGCGGGCACUUGCCAUCGGACGUGCUCCUUCAACGGUUCCCGGUUCUUGCCGACAUCUUUUCGCCAUUCAUAUCAGCAAUCCGCGCGUCAGACAUCUCAGCAUUCGAUCGUGCACUCGAGCUGCGAGAGACUCGUCUGAUUGAGCUGAAUUUGCUCCUUGCACUGGAAAGAGCGCGGGAGCUAUGUGUCAGAGGGCUGUUCCGCAAAGCAUGGAUUGUAUCGGAAAAGAGCACGCGGAUGCCUAUCGCACUGUUUCACUCGGCAUUGGAGGUCUCCGGAAUCACGGUGGACGUUGAGGAAGCGGAAUGCCUUGUUGCAAACAUGAUAUAUAAAGGGUACAUGAGGGGGUACAUCAGUCACGAGAAGCAGAUGGUAGUCCUGGCUGCUGCCAAUGCUUUCCCCUCUGUCGCAGAGCGUCCUUCCCCCUACAAUGCAUUAUGACUUGCAUGCCCUCAUACCACGGUAUAUCUCCUUGGUGGCCUGCGCUGUCAAACAACCCUCGAACAAUGAAUAUGCAAGUUUCGAGGGUAAGGGAGUGCAGACGAGAGGGGCUCGAGCCCUAGGAAAAUGCGGAUGGGGGAGAGGUUCGAAGGCAAGUCUUUUUUUACCGCCAGCCUCCCACCGAAGCUCGUCACACGUAGUCGCUUUAAUCGUGCUGCGCAUACAGCCUAUUCGUCAUUUGCGCCGACCUGGCCCUACGCCACGCAGUCAGCGGGUACAAUCCCUCGCUGCUACAUUCUGGUACUUAUCUCCCGUAUGAUGGAUCACCCGGCAAGUUGGCCACCGGCAAGCGCAUGCGCUCGUGGGAUAAUCUGCCAUCUCCUCACCUUACGCCAAUGCAGACGGACGCGAAAUCGCACUUUGACCAGCUCCCGGGCGCGCAUGGACCGUCGCCACGCAAGGCGCGAUCUGGAUGGGGCAGCUUGGCUGCCGUGGCGAUCGUCGGGUCCAUUGUCUUGUGGUGCAAGCCAAGCAGCCUGCUGGUGCUGCACGCGCACCCAUCUGCAGUGCACCCACACUCUACUCCUCUCGCCCAGUGCCCGCAAGCCCAGCCCCUGGUUCCAACAACGCAUACCGACCUGUGGACGACACUCACCGCACUGCACCACACCGACGCGUUCCAAAUGCGGGCCGUUCAAGGACUAGGGGCGGCCGUGCGGAUUCCGACGGAAACAUUUGACGCGAUGGGCCCAGUGGGUGAGGAUCCAAGAUGGUUGUCUCGCGCGCCUUUCUCGGGCCAUCUCGAAGCGGCAUACCCAAAGGCACACGCGACACUCUCACUGCAGCGAGUGAAUACUUAUGGAUUGGUGUACACCUGGACGGGUUCGGACCCGAGUUUGAAGCCGUUGCUGCUUAUGGGACAUUAUGAUGUCGUCCCGGUUGCUCCAUUGAGUGUCGAUCAGUGGACGCACCCAGCAUACUCAGGCUACUUCGACGGUGAAUCUGUCUGGGGCAGGGGUAGCUCGGACGACAAGAGCGGCGUCAUCGGCAUCAUGACCACUAUAGAGACGUUGCUCGAGCAUGGUUUCGUGCCUAGACGUUCGAUCGUGCUCUCUUUUGGCUUUGACGAGGAGGCCGGCGGUAUCCAUGGAGCAGGCCAUCUUGGCCCGGCUUUGCUCGAGCUCUACGGCCCGGAUUCUUUUGCGAUGAUCGUCGAUGAAGGGUCCGGCUUCAGCGACCAGUAUGGUGCCAUAUUUGCUGUUCCCGGGGUCGCCGAGAAGGGCUCCAUCACUGUUGAACUGGAAGUGAAAACCCCUGGUGGUCAUUCGAGUGUGCCACCUGAACACACGAGCAUCGGCGUCCUCGCUGCGCUCAUCGUCGAAUUGGAAAACAAUCCACCUCCGGCCAAGUUUGAGACGGACAGCACGUUCUUCCAGAUGACGGCGUGCUAUGCUUCCCACGGACCCGACAUCGACACCGACUUGCGAGCAGCGAUAUUGGCGUCACCCAGCAAUGAGUCCGCCCGUGCAGAAGCGGAACGGAUCCUGUCCAAGAACAAAACUUUCCGGUCGCUAUUUGGGACAACGCAAGCGGUGGAUAUCGUGAGCGGAGGUGUGAAAAGCAAUGCCCUACCCGAGCAGGCUGUCGCUUAUAUCAACCACCGCAUUUCAACGAAAAGCUCUGUCGCCGAAACCGUCGACAGAGACCGUACUAUCCUUGCUCCGGUGAUCGAGAAGUACGAUCUGGGCGGGGGUUCGGUCGAGCUUCGAUCCCCUGGGGGUCUUGAGCCCGCGCCAAUUACACCCUCUGACGGUGCAGCUUUCGAACUGCUCUCAGGAACCAUUCGAGCCGCCUUUCUCAAAUGGCAUGAUGGCGAGAUCUACGUCGCGCCCGGGAUGAUGACGGGGAAUACCGAUACGCGGUUCUAUUGGGAUCUUUCGAAACACAUUUUCCGGUAUGGGCAUAACAAUGGUAUUGGAAAGGGCGAUAAUGGGAUGGGAGGCAUUCACACUGUGAAUGAACAUAUGUCUGCCUCUGCCUUCAUUGAGAUGAUAACAUUCUUCACCACGCUGGUUCUCAAUCUUGACGAGGCAGCGUUAUGAUUCAUUUAGUGACCGCUCUUCUACAUAUGAAAUAGUAAUAGUACAUAGGCUACACCCCCCCCCUGCAGCCUUCCCUCUUGUUCAGGCCGCCCAAGGCCACUAAAAAAUCUGGAAAAAUGCGCAAAUAGUUGCUAGGGUCCUGGGUAAGAUGGCGCAUACUGGCG